AGCGGCCAAGAUGGAGCGGGCGGCGCGGCGGGGGCGGGGGCGGGGGCGGCCUGACGUGGGCGCGGGGCCGGCGCCGCGGUGAUUUGCUGCGCGGCGCGGCCGGCGGCGGCGGCGGCGAUGAGAGCGGGCAGUGCGAACUGCCGCAGCAGCCGCCCGCCCGCCAUAGUCGGCACACAAAGCUGGUCCCCGGCGCGCGCGGAGCCGCGGCACCCUCAUGAGCCAGCCCGGGGAGCGCCAUGGACGUGACUAAGAUGGGCGGCAUCCAGCUGCAGAACCCCUGCCACCCCACGGGGCUGCUGCACAAGGCCAACCAGAUGCGGCUGGCGGGCACGCUCUGCGACGUGGUCAUCAUGGUGGACAGCCAGGAGUUCCACGCGCACCGCACCGUGCUGGCCUGCACCAGCAAGAUGUUCGAGAUCCUCUUCCACCGCAACAGCCAGCACUACACGCUGGACUUCCUCUCGCCAAAGACUUUCCAGCAGAUCCUGGAGUACGCCUACACGGCCACCCUGCAGGCGAGGGUCGAGGACCUGGACGACCUGCUCUACGCCGCCGAGAUCCUCGAGAUCGAGUACCUGGAAGAGCAGUGCCUGAAGAUCCUGGAGACCAUCCAGGCGUCCGACGACAACGACGCCGAGGCGGCCGCGGCGGACGGCGGCGGCGCCGAGGACGAGGACGACAGGAAGGCGAGGUACCUCAAGAGCCUCUUCGUCGCCAAGCCCUCCGGCGAGGAGGGCGGCUACGCCGGCGCGGCCGGCCGCAGCCUGCCCGCGGCGGAGCAGGGCGCCUCGGUCUCGGCGUCCCUGGGGCUCGCCGCCAUGAGCCCCACCGAGGCCGCGGUGGACAGCCUCAUGAGCAUCGGGCGGUCGCUGCUGCAGGGCGCUCUGCAGCCCGGGGACUCGCCCGCCGCCGCCGCCCGCCGCCCCGAAGUCAUGCAGGUGGAGGAAGCCGGCAGCCGCGGGAGCCCGCGGACGGCCGAGCCCGGCGGGGAGAGGCCGGAGGACCGCAGCAAGGAGGGCCCCGGCACCCCGACCCGCGGCAGCGUCAUCACGAGCGCCCGCGAGCUGCACUACGCCCGCGACGAGGGCGCGGAGCAGCCCGCCGAGGCCGGCGCGGGGCUGCCGCCGGGGCCGGGGCCGGAGCCGGAGCCGGGCGCCCCGCCGGGCGAGAAGCCCCCGGGCGCCUACGCGGCGCUGCCCAACCGCAAAAGCGACUCUCUGCUCGGCGUGCCGCCCGCCGUGGCGUCCGCCCUCCACGUGCCGCCGGCCCUGGCCGUGUCCAUGGACUUCAGCGCUUACGGGGGGCUGCUGCCGCAGGGCUUCAUCCAGCGGGAGCUGUUCAGCAAGCUGGGCGAGCUGGCGGCGGGCAUGAAGGCGGAGGGCCGGGCCGCCGGCGAGCCGUGCGGCGCCUGCGGGGCCGACCUGCCCGACAGCGAGGCGGUGGAGCAGCACAGGAAGCUGCACAGCGGCAUGAAGACGUACGGAUGCGAGCUGUGCGGGAAGCGGUUCCUGGACAGCUUGCGGCUGCGGAUGCACUUACUGGCUCACUCAGCGGGUGCCAAAGCGUUCGUCUGCGACCAGUGCGGUGCGCAGUUUUCGAAAGAAGAGGCCCUGGAGACGCACAGGCAGACCCACACCGGUACGGACAUGGCCGUGUUCUGCCUGCUGUGCGGCAAGCGCUUCCAGACGCAGCCGGCCCUGCAGCAGCACAUGGAGGUGCACGCCGGCGUGCGCAGCUACAUCUGCAGCGAGUGCAACCGCACCUUCCCCAGCCACACCGCGCUCAAGAGGCACCUGCGCUCCCACACAGGCGACCACCCCUACGAGUGCGAGUUCUGCGGCAGCUGCUUCCGAGACGAGAGCACGCUGAAGGGCCACAAGCGCAUCCACACUGGGGAGAAGCCCUACGAGUGCAACGGCUGCGGCAAGAAGUUCAGCCUCAAGCACCAGCUGGAGACCCACUACCGGGUUCACACAGGUGAGAAGCCCUUCGAGUGCAAGCUGUGCCACCAGCGCUCCCGGGAUUACUCGGCCAUGAUCAAACACCUUCGGACCCACAACGGCGCUUCCCCGUACCAGUGCACUAUCUGCCUGGAGUACUGCCCCAGCCUCUCCGCCAUGCAGAAGCACAUGAAGGGCCACAAGCCCGAGGAGAUCCCCACCGACUGGAGGAUAGAGAAGACCUAUCUUUACCUCUGCUACGUCUAAGGGACACGGAGGGGGCGUGGGUGCGAGUCACGGAGGACUGGGCAAAAAGACGCAUCGUCCAUGGCCUUUUGGUUUCGGUUUUUGUUUCUUGCUGUUACUAGGAGGAUUCUCUGUUUGUGUCGGCGGCCGGCGCCGCGUCGGCCGCCCGCGGCCCUUUCUCCUGCUCUCUUUGCAGUCAGCCGGACCCGGCCGCAGCCCAGCGCUCGGCUGCGCUUGCUGCCGCGACGGGGACGCGCGCGGGACGGGGCGGCACAGGGCGGCCGGUUGGAGGCACGGGGCUGCGGGCUGGGAGCUGUCCUUCCCCACCAAAGUCUUUGCUCUCGCUCCCGCUCCUUCCCCAGCUGCUCCCCACCCGCGCUCCCCUGCCCGCUGCGCUUGCCGCCUUGCCCGGGGGGCGGUUGAACGCCCCGCGCACGGUUGGAGGCGUUUCCCCGGCUCGACUGUCCGUCGCUGGGCGCAGCCAGCCCAGGCGGCUCCCGAUACAAGGACCGCGUCGGGAAGGCUGCGCCCUGAUGCCUGGUCCACGUGGCAGCCCCAGACUUUCCGUGACCGGGGCUUUGGGAAGGCUUUAAGUUUUUUCUUUUCCCCUCCCUUCCUCCAUCACCGUCAGAAAGCUUUGGGGGGGCUGCUGCGGCCCCAGCUGCUGAAAGCAGCGUCCCUCCUCCGUGCAGCGCGGUGGGCGCUGGGGCUGCCGGCACGCGGGAGGGUGCCCGGCGCGGCGCGGGGAGGGGAGGGACGCCGGGCUCGGCCGGGUCCCCGGCUCGGGCUGCAGCGUCGCAGGCGGUCGCGUUGCUCCAAGCGCUUUCCGUAAGUUGCAGGUGUCUACGGUCGGAGAGCAGCGCCGCAAAGAGAAAGCGCUUUGCAGAAAGCGGCCCGGGGGUUGGGAAGCAAGCUGGGAGGAAGAUCCGGGGAAAGCUUUCCCGGCGUUGCGCCGGGGUCGCGGUCGGUGGUCGUGCUGCUGUAAUAAAGGCUGUUUCCGUGACCCUGGCGCACGCCGGUCUGUCCGAGCGCAGAGCGGGGCUCGGCCCGGCUCCUGACCAAAGACUCUCUAUGCAUUUGCUUUUCCUUUCCUUUGCCUGGCGGCUGGGAGAGGGGGAAGGGGGGGCUGCUCCCGCUGCCCGGCCCCCCGAUCCUGCCGGCCGCCGCCCGAACCGGGGGAGGCUUUUCCCUUGCUUGCGUUUGGGUCUUGGUUUUUUUUGGUUUCUUUUUCCCCCUUUUCCUGGGGCGUUUGGAACAUGUCGAUGACUUUUUUGCCCAGCCCUCGACUCGAGGAACCGAUGAAGGAGUGGACGGUGAGAGAUGGCUUUGCUUCGUGUUUUUUGCUUCGUGCUUGUUUUUAAGAUUUUUGAACGUUUCUGUUUAGCACAUUUUACUUGAAAUUACCUCGUUUUUUUGUGACCUCAUGAGCUUUUAUUGAUUUGGGGGGAGCGGGGGGCGGGGGGGCGUUGCUUCGGAAGGGCCUGGGCCGUCUGCGGCCGUGUCCCGCGGCGGCGGCACGCGCACCGCCUGCUCGGCGCGAUCGCGGCGGGGCCGGGGCGGCCGCGGAGGGGACGUCGCGGCGGGUGUUUUUGUCGGCCUCCUUUCGUGCGUUAUCAUUGCCAAAAUUGGUAUUUUUUGAUGGCCUGCCUGACGGGGCCUGGAUUGUUGAUUCUGAAAGCUACCUCUUGUGUUUUUGUUUUGUUUUUACUUUGCAGUUUAAAAAGCACAUUUUGCAAUAUUUGCGUUUGCUUCGGGACGUCGUUUCAGUUUUCAUCUCCCGCUUUACUUGCGGUUGUGCGUUAUUUUGUACUUUAGCUGCAUUUGUGUGAAAUGGAGAGGAAGAGUGAGGGAGAGGUUUCGUAGGUGGGAGGAAAGGGAAGCGCAGGAGGGGUGUUUCUGCUGCGUCCCCAGCCUCGUCUCGACUGUCGGGAGCCAUCCGAAGGCCUUACACUGCGGGGAGUAGCCUCACGCGGCGGCGGCGCGGGGUGAACGAGCGUCUGGCGACGCCUUGGCACUUUGGAAGGCGUUCCGCUGGGACGCGCGAGCGGAGCAGCGGAGUGGCGAUGACGUGCAGAACGCGCGUGGGAGACGGCCGGGGCAGAGCUCGGAGGAGCGCGCGUGCGCUAGCGCGGCGGCCGGGAGGUCGGUGGCAAGGGGCUGCGCCGGCGACCCGGCUCCCGCGGGCCCGAGCCCUGGGGACAAAGCGGGGCGUCUUCGUCGGGUUUGCCCGGGGCCGGGCGCGGGCGCCUCUAUCUCUGUAUAUACACGUGCGUGCGUGCGUGCGUGGCUGAUGCUGUCGCUGCCGCGUUGCGUUGCCGAGGAGGAGCAGGAGCGGCGCGGGUUUAGUACGAUCCGGGAGGUAACUCUGGAGAGCGGCUUGUCGAAUCUUUGUGCCUAAAAAAAAAAAUACAAAAAAAAAAAGCAGUUCCUUCACGCAAAAGGUCGCUGCCAUUUCUCACGCGCCUACGGCACCUUGCGGCGUCGUGGCACUGCCGAGCGCGCGGCCGAGCUCGCGCGGCGCUCUUCCUUCGGGGUCGUUUUGGCGCGGCCCCUCUCCCGCUCCCCUCGCCCCUUCCAGCGCCGACGCCGGCGGGUUUCGGCUUCGCAGCCCUCGCCAGGGCUCGGAGCAGCGGAGGAGCGGCUUGUCGGAGCGGCCGGCGGCGCUGCCGUUGGCUUUCGGUGCCGCGGAGUGCCGUGCCGUGCCGUCGCGGUGCCAGCGUCCGGGCGCGCGCCAUAGUUCUUGUUUCCCAUAGUGUGACGUAUGCAUGAUCUCCUACGGCUGAGAAGCCGCGGCGAAGCUCCAUGACGCCCAUCCGCAUAUAUAUCUGCCUAUAUAUAUGUAUAUUAUAGCACUGAGGACCAACCGCCCUGCUGGACCAAGCAAAUAAGGCUUUCUUUCAUUGCUUGUCUUUUAUGUCGUGACAGCCCAAGUGCCAGUCUGAUUGCUCUGUAUUAAGAAUAGUGUUUUGAAUUAAUUGAUGUUCUAGUUCCGUCUACCUCAGCACCUCCUGUUAGCCUCAUUUUAGAAGGUGCCCAAUUUUUUGUUUUUGUUCUUUCAGAUUAUGGGUUACUAUUUUUUGUACGGCUCUUUCUCCGUUCCUGUUCUCUCGUUCCGUUUGUUUCUUUGCAGUACCGCUUGCGAGUCCUAUCUGUUCUCUAGCCACAGACGCAGUUAGCUGAAAAUUGAAAAAAAUAAAAAAAAUCCCGAGUUGUGGUGUCUUCUAGUUGCAGCUCUCCACAUCGGCCUUCAUUCUGUGUAGAUUCAGAUGCAUUUCUUUGUAAAACUUCAGUGUUUCUGACAGAGGAAAAAAAAGAAAAAAAAAGAAUAUACUGCUGCAGGUUUUCUUCUCUCCAUGUGUCACUAAGUGAAGUUCGUGCCUUCUAUAGCAAAGAGAAUAUUUUUUACAUCCUACUAACAGUAGAUUUUUUUGUAGUGGACAUUUUUUGUAUUUUUAUUUAUAAGUCUCAUAAGAAAAAUAGCAAUGUUCAGUUGUAUACCUUGAAUCUGCAGUUAGAAAAAAUAAUAAAGUUAAUUCAGUCGUCUCGG